AUGGCCACUCUUGGUGAAGCGAUCUGUUGUGAUUCGAUAAAGUCACUAGUGGAGGAGAAGAUUGAAGCGAACAAAACAUUAUGCGGUGUUGGAAGCACACUUUCUCCUCAGUGUUGCAGAGAUAUUGCAAAUAUGGUUAAACAAUAUGUUGAUGCAUAUGAAACAUUAUGUUUGAAUAAUAGUAAGUAUUGGUAAAGUCUUUAUUUGCAUUUAUAAUAUAGUAUUUGUAAAUUCUGAACGCUGAUUGGCUAAGAGCCGUGUUGAUAUAACUCCAUGUCAACACGGGAAAUUUUCCGCCGCUUGUAAACACGGAACUUUUUCUUAUUCUUCGGGCUUUUGACAUUGCUAUAUUAUAAAACAAAUAUAAAACAUUUCUUCCGUAUUGAUAUAUCGUUAUAUCAACACUCGUGGAAGUUGGGAAAACUCGAAAUUGUGUGAAAACACUCCGCCCUUCGGGCGUCGUGUUUCCACACAAUUUCUCGUUUUCCUAAUUUCCACUCGUGUUGAUAUAACUGUAUAUCAACACGGAAAAUGUUUUAUAUUUGUUAAGUGUAACACAGAAGAGCAAAAAUAAGUCAGUUAACAUGCACCGAAGCACGUAACGAACGUCAAUAUUAAUAACGUGAGAAUCUGAUUUCUGAUUGGUUAUUCAUAUAAUAAUACGUAAUUAAACGACGAAUUGACUACACUCCAUAUAUAGCAAACGCUUGUUACCUUUGUCGAUCGCUUUAUAUAGUCUAGGACCUGUAUAUGAGUUUGUAUGCAUUUCAUUUAGGACAGAUAAUCUCAACUGUUUUAGGGCAAGUUGACCAUGACGGUCAACAUGGUAACGCUGCCCGAACCCCAAUCCGGGACGAAACGUCCGAAACUGACCACACCCAAGAACGACGCUUUCGCCAUACUGCUAUCUACCAAACCAUAAAAGCUUUGGCUAUUCUGAGGUGCUUAUAUGGUUCAGAGAUGGUACUUUUGGGGUGGUCAUUGGUAAGUGUGGAAUGCCUAGCACUAAUAUUUCACAAGAAAAUGACCAUGCAAUAAUCAUAGUUAAACGUCAAUUUGUGGCUUGCAACUUCAGAUAAACAACAGUGGACUUACAUUACCUUUUUCCCUAAAUCUUUUUGAUAGAAACAUAAUUGGUACUUAUUUAAAUAUAUUAUCACUGGUUUGGUGUAAAUAGUUAAUAUUUUCUGACCGAAAUAAUAAUUUGAAAUGUGCCUACCUCCUGAAAAUGGACGUAUUUGGCCAAGUUCUCCACUUUACUCCGCUGUUUAUCGGCAAUCUCGUCGACAUCCUACAAAAAAUGUAAAUCAUCUCAGACAUAAUGGUAUCAAGAACAUUUUAAACAAGUUUCAACUUGGUUUCAAGUAGAUCAUACCUGUUUAACCAUCGACAAGGGAAAUCCACAACUUUGUCCAAAUUCGGCGCAUUUUGUUAUCCCAUGUCACUUGUUAACAAUUCAGCCUUGUUACUCUUCCAUCCAAGCCAUUUCCAUUGCACAAAUAACAAAUUUAACCCUUUGUUAAGGGUAUUAAAAUAAAAAUACAAAUGAAAUAUGCGAAAUGCAGCAUUUUAUCACCCUGUAAGAUCUUGCUCACGAGUCUUUCAAAACAUUCCGUACAAAUCUCGCGUGACAAAGUAACAGGGACGUGACAGGGGGGGGUGAAUUAUUUCACGAAGAUAGAAGAAGGCUGCGUGAAAUAGACUAAAAGCUAAAGACAAUCAUACAAAUGUUUGUUUUAUUUCUUGUAGCGACAAAUAUAUACAUAUUAUUAUUUAUUAAUAUGAACAAGUCAUACAAAUUAAAUGCUGAUUGUUGGUUACCGUUUAAUGGUUUUACGAUACUGUGUGGGGCUUUGCUUUCAUUUUUCAAGUCUCUACCCCCCCUGUCACGUCCCUGUUGCUAAACCACGCGAGAUUUGUACGAAAUGUUUUGAAGGACUCGUAAGCAACAUUUUACCGUGUGAUAAAAUGCUGCAUUUCGCAUAUUUCAUUUGUAUUUUUAUUUUAAUACCCUUAACAAAGGGUUAAAUUUGUUAUUGGUGCAAUGGAUAUGGCGUGAAUGGAAGAGUAACAAGGCCGAAUUGUUGACAACCGACAUGGGAUGACAAAAUGGCGCCGAAUUGGGCCAUUCCAUUUAAUAUGCGCACCCCCCCUAUUGAGGGUUGGGAUAUCCAGGGGGUCCAAAGAACAAAAAUCCAUUAGGAGAAAGAAAUUUUUCAAGAUAUAUCCAUGGGUAAAUAUAAAAAAAUCCAAAUAAAAAUCCAAAUGGAAAAAAUUUAAACAAAAUAAAUCCAUGGUAGUAAAUUUAUUUAUUCAUGGCAGUAAAUUUAUCAGUGAAUUUAUUUGUGUAUUAAUUCUAUUUCAAAGAACAUAUGCAAAAUAUCCAUUGAACAAAUUUAACAAAAUCCAAAAAUCCAGGGGGAGAAAUUAUGUUUAACCCUCAAUAGGUUAACAAAGGUUUAGAAAAUCCACGGGAAAUGUUAAAAUGAGAAAUCCACAUACCCUAUUACUAAAGCAAUAUCCAGGGGGUAUUUUUUGUAAACCCUCAAUAGGGGGGGUGCGGUUAAUAAAUGGAAUGGCCCAUUUGGACAAAGUUGUGGAUUUACCUUGUCGAUGGUUAAACAGGUAUGAUCUACUUGAAACCAAGUUGAAACUUGUUUAAAAUGUUCUUGAUACCAUUAUGUCUGAGAUGAUUUACAUUUUUUGUAGGAUGUCGACGAGAUCGCCGAUAAACAGCGGAGUAAAGUGGAGAACUUGGCCAAAUACGUCCAUUUGCAGGAGGUAGGCACAUUUCAAAUUAUUAUUUCGGUCAGAAAAUAUCAACUAUUUUACACCAAAUCAGUGAUAAUAUAUUUAAAUAAGUACCAAUUAUGUUUCUAUCAAAAAGAUUUAGGGAAAAAGGUAAUGUAAGUCCACUGCUGUUUAUCUGAAGUUGCAAGCCACAAAUUGACGUUUAACUAUGAUUAUUGUAUGGUCAUUUUCUUGUGAAAUAUUAGUGCUAGGCAUUUCACACUUACCAAUGACCACCCCAAAAAGUACCAUCUCUGAACCAUAUAAGCACCUCAGAAUAGCCAAAGCUUUUAUGGUUUGGUAGAUAGCAGUAUGGCGAAAGCGUCGUUUUUGGGUGUGGUCAGUUUCGGACGUUUCGUCCCGGAUUGGGAUUCGGGCAGCGUUACCAUGUUGACCGUCAUGGUCAACUUGCCCUAAAACAGUUGAGAUUAUCUGUCCUAAAUGAAAUGCAUACAAACUCAUAUACAGGUCCUCGACUAAUACGCGGUAUUGAACAUAUAUUGGCAUUGCAUGUUAUCACUAAUCUUAUAAUAAUUCGAUUUGUUAGCACUCCUAACCUUACUAUCUUACUAAGCUACUGCUGUGACAGUUGGAUCAUGUCUUGCGUAUCGGGUUUGCACUUAGCUGAAAAUUAGCCCCCAAAAUAAAACCCGUUCUGCCGCCACUGGACUCAGUCCUUUGAGACCUUUCAAAAGUUGGUCAAAAAGUUCACCAAAACUUGUUCUAAAUAUCAGGAUCACGCCCCCCCCCCCUCCCACCCACCCAGUGUUAAUAUGUUCAGAAAAUAUUACCAACCGUUGAAACAAGCAUGUUUAAAUUAUUAACUCGCUUUCAAUCCGGAGGUUUGAUCUAUCGAUUCUUCAAUUGCCGCAGUGAUGAUGAGUAUAUAAAUUAAAAAUAAAACAUUGACAAUAUUUAAAACAUUUCCAAAAUACUAAAUUUAUAAUAAUCAGUGAUAAUGAUAAUCAGUAAUAAUAAAACUGGAAGUUUGCAAACUGAACUCCCAAUGCCAUACGAUUCCUAAAUGGGCAACAAGCAUCUCGACAUUGUUCGAAAAUUGGAAGAAUUUUAAUCUUGAAUGUGGAAAAGUGUGAUUUCAGCCGACCACUUUAAAUCGGAUCGUAUUUAGCCCGCGUGCAGGCCCAAGGGAGCAGGCUGAAGGGAACUUCAGUUCCCUUGGGCCUGCACGCGGGCUAGAUCGUAAUUGGUUAUUUUUAUCGCAAUGAUUCCAUGAAGGUGUCAUUUGACAGCUAAAACGCUGAUCUUUAUUCAUAAUUGAUCUUCAUAAUCAUUGUAAAUGUAAUAAUUAACACCAAAAAUAGAGCCAUUUUUCUGCAGUCUAAUGGCAAAUUAUCUAUUUUAUUCAAGUUUCAUGUACAGAUCCCAAACCAUUAGGAAUGAGAAGUGGUAAAAUACCUGAUGAUGCAGUAACGGCGUCGUCUACUAUUUCCAGCGGUUACAAACCUAGCUAUGCAAGACUGACAAGGGUAGGUUCUAGCUGCUCUUGGGCACCUCCUGCAGCAGGGAGAAUCGGCUCGUGGCUUCAGGUUGAUCUGGGAAAAGUCACCACAGUGACAGGAAUAGCAACCCAGGGCUCAUGUGAUAGCAAAGAAUGGGUAAAGUCGUACUCAGUUUCCUACAGCAAUGAACACAAUUCAUGGACACCUUACGAAGAAUCAGGGAAUGUAAAG